AUGGAAGAAAAACAAAGUUGUAGUUAUACCCUUAAAGAGGAUAAUUUAAAAAAGUUGGAAGAGGAGACAGCAUACGUUACCCGUUCUACUAGUGCAGAGAGUCUUCAUUCAAUAGACAGUGAUGCAUCUAGCUGGACUUCAACUUCUACCACCUCUACAUCUAGAGCCAAAACAUAUUUCUGCAGCUAUAAAGAUUGUGAAAAAGUUUUUACAAGACCAUCAUUGUUGACAGAACAUCAAUUAUCUUUCCAUCAAGGUAUUAAGCAAUUUACUUGUGAUAUAUGCCAAAAGAGUUAUUCAAGGAUGUACCACCUAGAAAGACAUUUAAUAAGCCAUUCAACCGAGAAACCAUUUCAUUGUUCAUUUUGCAAUAAGGGUGUUACUACGAAGCAACAACUUAAAAGACAUGAAAUAACCCAUACCAAAUCGUUCAAAUGCACAUACCUAGGUUGUGACCAAAGUUUCUAUAAACAUCCACAAUUACGGUCACAUAUAUUGGCUGUUCAUGAACAAAAGUUAUCUUGUAAAAUAUGCUCCAAAACAUUCCAACGUCCCUACAGAUUAAAAAAUCAUAUGAUAAAACACCAUAACCCAUUAAAUGAAAAACCUUAUCAGUGUUCAUUCACAUCCUGCUCACUGAAUUUUAAAACAUGGUCACAGUUGCAAUCUCACAUUAAAAAUGACCAUCCCAAGUUAAAAUGUCCUAUAUGUGGUAAACCUUGUGUUGGAGAACAAGGUUUACAGAUGCAUAUCCUUAUCCAUGAUGAUUCGAUGGUCAUACGAAAUUGGAAAUGCCAUACUUGCACUACGCCCACUUCUUUUGCAAAGAAAAACGAUUUAGUUCAACAUUACAUUGAAUGUCAUGAUAAUAAGAUUCCAAUUGAAUUACAAAGUGAUAACCUCCCUGAAGAAGUUUUGCAGAGCUCAGCUUCAAAGAGUAGUACUGAGCUCCCUUCACCUAUGGCGAAAAAAAGAAAAAUUAUUAAUAAUUUUCAAAGUAUUAAGUCUGAAAUAAAUUUAGAAAAUAUGAUUUAUACCCAAGGAAAAUCAGGUAAAGAUUUAAUCCUUAUGGCUGCAGGUAAAAUAUUCAAGUGUACAUUUCCCAAAUGUUACAGAACAUUUAAAACGGAAGAACGCUUUAAUACUCAUAUUUCGAAACAUAAAAUCCAUUUGUUAAAGUUGAAGAUCAUGCAAGAAAAAUCUGAAGAAACACAACUAGCAAAUACCCAACAAACUAAUGAAAAGACUGCAAGUUUAGUGAGUAAACUACCAAACCUCAUGAAUGAGUUUAAUGACGUUAAUUCUCCAGUAACAAAAGAUAAGAGAGAAAAUACUAAGAACCCUUAA